AUGUCCUCUUGCAACAACUCCAUUCCUCAACCCUUGACAUUUGUCCUGGCUGGAAUUCCUGGCUUGGAAUCUUCCCAUGGCUGGUUCUCUGUGCCUUUUUUCUUGGUAUUUGUCAUUACAAUGAUUGGGAAUGCCGCCAUCUUAUGCAUCAUCUGGGUGGAGAAGAGUCUUCAUGAGCCCGUGUUUCUGCUCCUGGCCAUGCUGUCUGUUGUUGACCUGUCCCUGGUCAGUGUCACUGUGCCCCGCAUGCUAGGGAUCUUCUGGAUGAAUGCCAAAGACAUCAGCUUUAAUGCCUGCCUCGCACAGAUGUUUUUCAUCCCUUCAUUUUAUGUCAUGGAGUCUGGGAUCCUCCUAGCCAUGGCUUUUGACAGAUUUGUGGCUGUCUGGUACCCUCUGAGAUAUACAACCAUCCUUGCUAACAACAUACUUGUGAAGGUGGCUCUGGCUGUCCUGACAAGGGCAGUGGCAGUGCUGACUCCAGCACCCAUCCUGGCAAAAAGACUGGAAAGCUUCCAAACCCACAUCAUCUCUUACUCCUACUGUGCCUACAUGGCUGUGAUACAGAUAGCCUGUGGGGACAUCUCCAACCACAUUGUCUAUGGCCUCAUGGUUAUUGUAACAUCUGUGGGAUUUGAUUUGCUUUUUAUCAUUCUGUCCUAUGGGCUGAUCCUUCAUGCUGUCUUUCGGAUCCCCUCUUGGGAGGCAGGGGCCAAAGCUCUCAGUACAUGUGGCUCCCAUCUUUGUGUCAUAGCUCUCUUUUAUUCUCCUGUUGUCUUCUCUGUCCUGGCCCAGAUUUUAGGCUACCAUAUGGCUCCCUAUAUCCAGAUUAUCAUUGACAACCUCUACUUCCUAGUGCCUCCCAUGGCCAACCCCUUGAUUUAUGGAGCCCGGACUAAGCAAAUGCGGGAGCGGGUACUACGGAUCCUCCGAGUCAUAGAAACUAAGGAUGAUAUCUGAGGUGGACAGGAUACCUGUGAUGUGGAGCUGGAAAUCUUGUUAGGUUGAAGGUAGAGAUAAUGGUUGCCU